CAUUUUCCUCUGGGAUUCCACUUCCCAAGUUCUAGCGAAAAGGGGAAACACACGCGCAAAAUUAAAAAACAAAUAGGGAAUUCAACUCUUCAAUCUCUCUCUCUCUCUCUCAAGAGAGAAAUCUAAAUUUGUUUCUCUCUCUGUCUUUUUUCUUUCAUUACUAAUAAUGGCGUGUGUCAAGAACCCUAGUAUUCAGCAGCCGCCUUUUUCUGUUCCAACGAAGAAGAUUAAUACUGGUGUAAAAGCGCCUUAGUUUUCUCGUAUAUGUGAUUUCACUGUUCAUCGGCUGGUUGGGAAGAGAAAUUGCCAGUGGUUUCAAAUUUGUUCGGGAAAUCUUCUGGGGUUUAUUAUCUUAUAGAAGAGGAAAACUGGGCCUGACUUGGGGUUGUACAGCCUGCUUUAGUUGGAAAUGGCUGAUGACGGCCUACGACUUGGUGGGCUUUCUUCAGGGUUGGCCGUUGUAUUGAAUGGAGAGGAUAGGAGAGAGAGUGCUGGGAAAUCCCGUUUAGUUUCAUAUUGUGAAGGUUUUGGAGACCAGUCUGUGGAGCGAACUCUAGAACAUAUUUUUAGUCUCCCCUACAAAACAGUUAAUCAAUUGACUCGCCCUAUCGACAGUAGUGCUGUUCGUUCAAUAAUAAAACAUGAGUUCUUCAAGCACCACCCAGAAUUGAAAAGUGUUGGUAGUAGAAAUGGAGACUGUGCAUCUACAAUUUAUGAUGAUUCACAACUGGGGGUGGUCGGGCUUGAAAAAUCUAGCAUCUGCGGUGAUAUUCGAGUCGUCAAACAGCCUUUGCUUGUGGAGAGUCAUGCUCUAUUCAGUAGUGCAAGGGCCAAUGCAUGUGUAUGGAAAGGAAAAUGGAUGUAUGAAGUUACCCUUGAAACUUCUGGUAUUCAGCAGCUUGGUUGGGCUACUAUUGCUUGCCCCUUCACUGAUCAUAAGGGUGUUGGGGAUGCAGAUGAUUCUUAUGCAUAUGACGGAAAAAGGGUCAGUAAGUGGAAUAAAGAAGCUGAGCCUUAUGGCCAGUCCUGGGUUGUUGGUGAUGUGAUUGGUUGUUGCGUAGACCUGGAUUCUGAUGAGAUAUUGUUUUAUAGGAAUGGAAUUUCACUUGGGGUAGCAUUUGGCGGGAUCCGGAAGAUGGUUCCUGGAUUGGGCUACUAUCCUGCCAUUUCUCUUUCUCAAGGUGAACGCUGCGAGCUAAAUUUCGGGGGACGUCCGUUUAAAUAUCCAAUCAAAGGCUUUCUUCCCAUUCAAGGUCCUCCCUCUUCGAAGUAUCUUGCAACUGACCUCUUUGAUUGCUUUUUGAGGCUGCUGCAAAUGCAGCGUCGGGAGAGGGCUGAAAUGGAAACUGUCGAGAAGCUCAGAAGACUGAAACGAUUUGCAUCAUUUGAAGAACUCUUGCGUCCUGUCUCUCAGGGAAUUUGUGAGGAGUUAUUGUCUGCUCUCAGUGCUGAAAUUGGGAGUGCGGAGUAUAUAGGACAUGGUCCUUUUAUGUCAUUCAUGAUGGAAGUCUUUAGAGUUCAUCCGCCUCAUGACUAUUUAACUUUGGAUAAAGUAAUUGAUUCCUUUCUUGGAUUUGAGGAGUCAAAAAUAUUGUUUAAGCACGUAAUUGAGGCACUUUCAUCAGGAUGUAAAACAGCAUCCUUGGUUCUUACAGAUUGUCCCUAUUCUGGGUCAUACAGUUAUCUUGCUCUGGCAUGCCACAUUUUAAGACGAGAAGAAUUGAUGACCCUGUGGUGGAAGUCUUCAGAUUUUGAAUUCUUGUUUGAGGGAUUCCUUUCAAGGAAAAGCCCAAACAAACAGGAUCUCCAAUGCCUGAUCCCUUCCGUUUGGUGGCCUGGAUCAUAUGAGGACACAUCUAAUGAGAAUAGCAUGAUGCUGACUACUACAGCUUUAUCUGAAGCAGUGAACAAGAUAGAAGAGAAGCAAAGGGAUCUCUGUCGUUUGGUUAUGCAAUUCAUACCACCUGUAGCCCCCUUGCAGUUGCCUGGCUCAGUUUUUAGGACAUUCUUACAGAACAUUUUACUGAAGAAUAGGGGUGCGGACCGUAACAUGCCACCCCCUGGAGUUUCAAACAACUCAGUCCUUGUUUCCUUGUUUACUGUAAUUCUCCAUUUUCUGUCUGAAGGUUUUGCUGUGGGGGACAUCUAUGGCUGGAUUAAAGGCUCGGGGACUGAUUCUGGAGCUCAUGUGGGUUUCCUUCACAGGGGUGGGGAACAAAGUUUUCCUGCGGGCCUAUUUCUGAAGAAUGAUCCUCAUCGGGUUGAUAUAUCAAGGCUUGGAGGAUCUUACAAUCAUUUAUCAAAAUUUAAUCCUGUAGACGGUGAUCAGGAAGAAGAAAUUAUACGGUGGGAAGAAGGGUGCAUGGAUGAUGGAGAAACCAGAGUAACCCAUUUUAGUAAGCAGAAACCAUGUUGCUGUUCUAGUUAUGAUGCUGAUUUGUCAAGAAUCUCCAAAGAUCCUGUACGAUGCUUAGCUAAAGGUGCUCGCGGAAGUUGCAGCUCUAUUCCAGAGAGAGCUGCUCAUGUUACUGCUGAAUGUAGUGCUAGCAAUCUAAAUGAUGAGAUAGCUGAUAAGCCCAGCACUAGUGAUCAUUCUGAAUCUGAGUUUGCUUUUCGGCCUAUGCAGCAAUUGAGGAUAUUGCCAAGGGAGAGCACAUUGUCUUCAGCUACUUUAAAAGAGGAGGAGCUUUUGGAUGCUAUGCUUUUGCUGUAUCAUUUGGGUCUUGCACCAAAUUUUAAGCAGGCAUCAUCUUUCAUGUCUCGUCAGUCACAAUCUAUUUCACUCUUGGAGGAGACGGAUAGACAAAUCAGAGAUAGCAUUUAUGGAGACCAGGUGAAGCGCUUGAAGGAAGCUCGUAGUGUUUAUCGGGAAGAGGUUAUGGACUGUGUCCGACAUUGUGCCUGGUAUCGCCUUUCUCUUUUCUCUCGUUGGAAGCAGAGGGGGCUGUAUGCAUCAUGCAUGUGGAUUGUUCAAUUGCUGCUAGUUCUUAGCAAAGUUGAUUCAGUCUUCGUUUACAUUCCUGAAUAUUAUCUAGAAACUGUGGUUGAUUGCUUUCAUGUGCUGCGUAAGAGUGAUCCUCCAUUUGUACCUGCCACAAUAUUCAUUAAGCAAGGACUUGCGUCUUUUGUCACUUUUCUCGUUACCCACUUCAAUGAUCCAAGGAUAUCUAGUGCUGAGCUAAGAGAUCUUCUUCUCCAGUCUAUUUCUGUGUUGGUACAGUACAAGGAAUUUUUGGCUGAUUUCGAAUGCAAUGAAGCAGCAAGAACAAGGAUGCCCAAGGCUUUAUUGUCUGCAUUUGAUAAUAGAUCCUGGAUUCCUGUAACCAAUAUACUUCUUAGGUUGUGCAAGGGUUCUGGCUUUACAUUUUCAAAACGUGGAGAAUCAUCAUCAUCUUCUGUACUAUUUCAGAAAUUGCUAAGGGAAGCUUGCAUCAGUGACAACGAGUUGUUCUCAGCUUUUCUCAAUCGCUUAUUUAACACACUCAGCUGGGCCAUGACUGAAUUCUCUGUCUCAGUCCGGGAAAUGCAAGAAAAUUACAAGUUGAUGGACUUCCAGCAAAGGAAAUGCAGUGUCAUAUUUGACCUAUCCUGCAACCUUGCCAGGGUAUUAGAAUUUUGUACACGGGAGAUACCUCAGGCUUUUGUAUCAGGAAUGGAUACGAAUUUACGAAGGCUUGCUGAGUUGAUUGUCUUCAUAUUGACUCACUUACUUGGUGGAAUCGAUCCUGAUGUUUUUGACCUAUCGCUUAGACGACCCGGUCAUUUAUCCGAAAAGGUCAAUAGUGGCAUGAUUCUAGCACCGCUGGCAGGGAUCAUCCUAAAUUUGUUAGAUGCUAACAGAGAGACAGAGGAGGGGGAUCAGAAUGACAUUGUCGCGGUCUUUGCUAGCAUGGACUGUGCUGAUACAAUCCUCUAUGGAUUUCAGUAUAUCCUUGAACACAAUUGGAUCGGCUCCAUCAAGGGGGAAGAAUACAUGGAUCAACUGACAAAGCUAGAGAAAUUCUCAAGCCUCUUGAUCUGUCGAACAGAGCUACAAGCAUCUGAGAAGAGGAAGCAAGGGGGAGGAUCAGAACCUGAGGAUAGCAUUUGCUGCAUAUGCUACACGAAUAAAUCAGAUGCUCGUUUCAUACCCUGUUCCCAUGUUUCCUGCUACGGUUGCAUAUCCAGGCACCUCCUCAACUGCCAAAGAUGCUUCUUCUGCAAUGCAACGGUUGUGGACGUCGUUAGGGCCGACUCAAAGGCUGCAUCAUGAGACCUAUUGGCUUCAGCUGACGAAAAUCUUGUUGGUUAUUUAGACUUAGAUUAGUGGUUGAUUUUAGAAAUACCUCUAAAAGUAAAUUUAAUGGAGGAAAAAAAAUAUGUUAUUAGGAUCUUGUAUUUCUUAGGUAGUGCAAUUAUGUUAUAAAGCAUAUGUUAGUGUAUAUACAUAUAUAUAUGUGGGGUACGGAAAUGUGUAAUAAACUGUGAGAAGGGAUCCUUUGGGAUUAUGAUUUUUGUAGCCAAAGUUGAGGGGGUAUUGUUUUGUAUAUAUAUAAUGAGGCGUAAAUGGAAUUAUGGGAAA